UAAUAGUAUUCUCUCUCUCUGUCUGUCUACAGUCUACACUGACCUUGAUUCCACACCCAAAAAAACCCCCACUUUUCCACUCACAAACACACACAAGAAGAAGAAAAAUAGAAGAUCACCAUUUUUGGUUUCAUUUCUAAGGUUUUCUAGUUCUGUUUGAGUGAUUCAAGAAAGGGUCAACUAACUUAAAUUUUCUUCAAAUGCCUGAAGAAGAUUUGGUUGAGCUUAAGUUCCGGUUAUACGAUGGAACUGAUAUUGGUCCUAUCAGAUAUUCGUCUGCAUCUACUGUUUCUAUGCUCAAAGAAAGGAUAAUUGCUGAUUGGCCUAAAGAUAAAAAAGUUAUACCCAAGGCAGCGAAUGAUGUGAAGCUGAUUAGUGCUGGGAAGAUUUUGGAAAACAACAAGACUGUUGGUCAAUGUAAAGCGCCUUUUGGUGAACUUCCCGGAGGUGUUAUCACGAUGCAUGUCGUUGUGCAGCCAUCUCUAGCCAAAUCAAAAACAGAAGGUCGAAGAUUCCCCUAGGAAGACCGUUUGCUCUUGCUCCAUACUAUAAACGAAGAGCAAACAAGAUAACCAAUUUAAACUUGUAGAGAGUUGCAAGGUCUGGCACACUCCCAUCUGCUAAGAUUGGUGUUGUGCUUUGAUAAAGUAAAGUAUAUCCUAACGGUAUCAACUGUAGCCUUUCGGCUGUUCUUUGUGAUGCUGACAUGUAUAUAUACAUGUAACACGACCACAGUAGUGCUCGAUAUACUACUGUUGUAUACUUUUCGUUAUUUUGAUUACGAAGUUAUUAUUGUUGAGGCAGACUUACUGUUCAUGAAACAUGAAUGAAUCUAGAGAGAUUUCCAAACU